AUGACAGCCGAAGUACGGGCGUUCGAACCGUCGCGUGUGGAGAUAUGUCUAAAACCAUUAGAUAGCGAGUGGUCGUACGAAGACGAAGCGGUAGUGUGUAUAAUAAAGGGCCCUCGAGAGUUGUCACGGAAUGUCCACUACGACGGGCUGUGUCUUCAGGUGUUCAUUGAGAACGGUGGCAACGACGUGCACUACCAGCGAUUCGAGAUACGCAUCAGCGAAGUACUUAAAACGUGUAUAUCCAUGGAGGAAUUCCCGAUGCAGCAACUUCACAUAAUACUCACCAUCAAAAGCUCCAGCCCCGACGCGCGACUACCCCUCUACCUCUUCAUCAACGCUGCCGUCACGGGCCUUCUCACGCACGGAAUACCCAUGAAACAAUAUAUCCUCGCCGCGCCUCUUACCGACGGUACUAUUGCUUGCAUCGUAAACCACGCCCACUCGCACGACCUCAUACAAGCCAUAAACCAAGUGCUCCAAAACGGACACGGGGCAUCCCACAUCCUCGACCAAGUCCAAGUCGUCAUGCUCAUGACCAACGCUUCGCCCUCCGAUGAAAACGACGUCCUGCAAGGCAUCCUCCACCUACAUACCCUCGACCUCGCCCUCCGCAACCAGUUCCAGCACCUUGCAAACAGACUUAUAGCUCUCGCGGAAACCAACUUUUAA